AUGUUUUUCAUUUUGCACUCUUCUGUUAGAAUUUGUGAGUGAUGUUAACAAAAAAGUAUUUAUAGCUCUGUCAUGUAUUCAUCUGACCAACUGUCAUGUUCCGUCUUCUCGACUGCAGCUCAAAUGGUCAGAUAUAUGAAAGAGGUUCAAAGCAGGAAUCAAACUGAAGUGACAGAAUUUAUCCUCUUAGGACUCUCAGACAAUUCAGAUCUACAACUUGUCCUCUUUGGAUUGUUUCUUUUCAUCUAUAUGGCAACUGUUGUGGGUAACUUGGGGAUGAUCAUGUUAAUUAAGAUUGAUCCUCAUCUCCACACUCCCAUGUACUUUUUCCUCGGCAGCCUCUCCUUUGUUGAUGCCUCCUACUCUUCUUCUGUUACUCCUAAGAUGCUGGUGAACCUUGUGGCUGAGAAUAAGGCCAUUUCUUUUAAUGGAUGUGCUGCCCAAUUCUACUUCUUUGGCUCUUUCCUGGGGACUGAAUGCUUCCUGUUGGCCAUGAUGGCAUAUGACCGCUAUGCAGCCAUUUGGAACCCUCUGUUAUACCCAGUUCUCAUGUCUGGGAGAAUUUGCUUCUUGCUAGUAGCUACCUCAUUCCUAGCAGGCUUUGGGAAUGCAGCCAUACACACAGGAAUGACUUUCAGAUUGUCCUUUUGUGGCUCUAAUAAGAUCAAUCAUUUCUACUGUGACACUCCACCCCUGCUCAAACUCUCUUGCUCUGACACCCAUAUCAAUGGCAUCGUGAUCAUGGCCUUCUCCAGUUUUAAUGUCAUCAGCUGUGUUUUGAUUGUCCUCAUUUCCUACCUGUGUAUCCUUAUUGCCAUCUUGAGAAUGCCUUCAUUAGAGGGCAGGCAUAAAGCCUUUUCUACUUGUGCCUCCCACCUCAUGGCUGUCACCAUAUUCUUUGGGACCAUUCUCUUCAUGUACUUGCGCCCGACGUCUAGCUAUUCAAUGGAACAGGACAAGGUUGUUUCUGUAUUUUAUGCUGUAGUGAUCCCUAUGCUAAAUCCCCUCAUCUACAGUUUGAAAAAUAAGGAUGUGAAAGGGGCCCUAAAGAAGAUCUUAGAGAAAUGCAUACUGUAA